AUGGAGCCCCUCACGCCAGCCCUGCUCCUCCUGCUGCUCCUUGCCUGGCCUCCCGCAGCAAGGCCUGCACCUCCGACCUGCUACUCCCGGAUGCUGGGCCUCAGCCGGGAGAUCACCGGGGACUUCCAGCUCCUGCAGACUGCGGAGCCAGCGGAGGCCUGUGUGCAGUACCUGCCCCAUCUGUACCUGGACAUCCACAAUUACUGCGUGCUGGCCAAGCUGCGUGACUUCGUGGCCUCGCCACAGUGCUGGAGAGUGGCCCAGGUGGACGCCCUGAAGGACAAAGUGCGGAAGCUCUACACCAUCAUGAAUUCCUUCUGCAGACGGGACCUGGUCUUCCUGGCAGAUGACUGUAAUGCGUUGGAAUACCCAACCCCAGUGACCACCAGCCCUCCAGGUCACCCGAGAUGAGAACCCAGGCCAGAAGAACAACCCAAGAGGCGGGGCUGUGCCUGCUGCAGGCCCCGCCCACAGCCCCGCCCCCUUCCUGUAGUGUCUGAAUCCUCAUGCGUCUGUCCCUUCUGGAAAGCAGGGCAGGGCUCCCACCCGGAGCCUCCUUGGCGCACAGCUCGGCUCCACCUUGCCAGGGUGGCUAGAGGUGCCAGAGAAGAAAGCUCAGCGGCUUCUCCUUUAUGAACAAAGAGCUGAAGAACAAGCAGACGAGCACGUCCUCCUUGCUGCUUUGCUGGCAGAAUGGUGCUCUUUUCUUGCUUGCUAGAGACCUGCUUACACUCAACCAAGCCUCUACUUUGUAUUUUACCUCUCCCGACACUUUCCUUCCUUCCUUUGAUUUUUCAAGAAACCUUACUACUGCUUUUGAAAUGUAUCUGCAGUGCUGACAGAAAGCACUCUUUCAUAGAAAGGUGGCGAGAAUCAAAUAAAGACUGUUUGCA